AUGAUAGCAUCAAACCCGCCUCUUGACGUCCUCGUCAUCGGCGCCGGAAUUGCCGGUCUUUCAACAGCUAUUGCUCUCGGAAAACAAGGGCAUCGCGUUGUGAUUCUGGAAAAAUCGGCUUUUUUGAAGGAAACAGGUGCCGCGGUUCAUUUGCCGCCGAAUUGCACUGCCUUGCUACGCUGGAUGGGCAUUGACCCGGCUGAUUUUGGGGGCACAUUGCUUCAUGAGAUCCACCGAUAUGGUUUUGACGGGGAGUUGACGUACAAGAGAGAGUUCGCCGACACUCGUCAUCAUUGGCAAGCAGAGUGGUACCUCGUGCAUCGAGUUGAGCUGCACAAUCACCUGAAGCAACGUGCUCUUGAAACUGCAACGCUGUAUACACAGUGUAUAGUCACCAAGGUCCAUUUGGAAGGGGCUUCCCCGUCGGUCACUCUCGAUGAUGGUCGCACUUUCAAAGCCGACGUGCUCCUUGGUGCAGAUGGACUGCAUUCCCAAAUUCGCCGGAGUAUAGCCCCAGAUUCUCCCUCCCCAUACCCGGUUGGCAAGUCAUGCUUUCGUUGGCUUCUCCCCACAGAUCAAUUAAGGCAACAUGCAAGCACUGUGGAGUUUGUGCGAGACACUGGCGUGUUUAUUGAGUGGGAAUCUGGUGACCGACGCCUCGUGGCUUACCCUUGCUCUGAUAGCAAAAUCCUCAAUAUUUGUGCUUUUGUCCCUUUGAAUGAAGUUCAGGCAGAUGACCAAAGCGACGGUUGGCAGGCAGUUGGAGACAAGACUACAAUUGUCAAGGCGUUUUCUAAAUUUUCCCCCGGUGUUCAGCAAAUCAUUGCGAGCGCAGACAAGAACCUCAAAGUAUGGGAUUUGUAUGAUAUGGAGGCACUGCCGACCUGGACUCGAGGCCAUGCUGCUCUUCUGGGAGACGCAGCACAUCCGUUCCAGCCAUACAUGGGACAGGGAGCAGCUAUGGCAAUUGAAGAUGCCGUUAGCAUUGCUACCUUGCUUCCUUGUGGCAGCACACCGCACGAUAUCCCCAUGCGACUUGAUCUGUAUCAAACGGCUCGUCGGCCAAGGGUCGACCUUGUCCUCCACUACACUCGGAUGAAUGGACGGGAUGAAAAUGAUGCAGCCGGUGAUAGAAUUUCAGCUGCCGAAAUGGUGAAAAUCAUGAACAUUUGUUUCUCACAUAAUGAGAUUGAGCAUUCUACAAACUUGCUGGAUGGUAAAUCAACAGAUUAA